CGCAGACUGAGCAGGCGUCCUCCUCCACAGCUCCAGUCGGAUAACUCUCAUCUUGAUAGCAUGUUGUGAUAGAAAACAAUUGUCGUCGAGAGCAAAUGCAGAAGCAAUAGCAUGUCAUUCAUUUUUGAGCAUGGCAGAUAAAAAGGGAAAACCUGCCGCUCCAAUCAAAGCACUCUCAAAGAAACAACAACAAGAGCUCAAGAAAAAGGAGGAAGAAAAAGCAGCAGAGGUUUUUGAAGAAUUCUUGGCGUCGUUUGAGUCCAAUAAGAAAAGCGGAGUGAAAACUUUUGUCCAUGGAGGUAUCGUGAAUGCAACUAAAGAGGAGGAAGCAGCGCAGCUCAAAAGAAGUAAACUGUAUCAACCGGCUAACAAGUUCAGCCCCGUUUCCCAGCAUGUGCCACCAGUGUCAGCAGCUGAAAGCAAAAAGGCUGCUUAUAAAAGAAAGACAGAAGAAAAGAAGAAGAGUAAUCUUGAACUCUUCAAAGAAGAACUUAAGAUAAUACAAGAAGAGCGUGAGGAAAGACAUAAAAGGAAGAAAAAUGACCCCGGUGGUGAAGGAGAUCUGGACAUACCGUUAGCAGCACGAUCAACAUUAUAUGAUGACUUAAUGACACCAACCACCACUAACCUUUACAUCAGCUGCAUUAGCCAGAAGAUGAAUGAGGAGAUGCUUUGCCAAGAGUUUUGUAAAUAUGGCCCCCUGGCCAGUGUAAAGAUAAUGUGGCCACGGACGGAAGAGGAGCGCUCCCGCCCCUCAAACAGAGCCUUUGUGGCUUUCAUGACACGUAAAGAUGCAGAAAGAGCCUUGGCUGCUCUUGAUGGAAAGGUAAUCAUGGGGUUUGAGAUGAAGUUGGGAUGGGGUAAACCAGCUCGUAUUCCACCUCAGCCUCUCUACACACCAGUCGGGGUGAGAGCUACACCGCCUCCCCCGUCUGGUCUACCUUUCAACGCUCAGCCAAGAGAUCGAUUCCGCAAUGACUUCACCAAGCCACUGGGCAUGUCCAAAGGAGAGCUGGACAAGACUCUGUCUGAAGCCGUAGUCAAAGUGGUUAUCCCGACAGACAGGAAUCUAUUAUUCCUCAUUCACAGGAUGAUAGAGUUUGUGGUGCGUGAAGGCCACGUGUUUGAAGCCAUAAUAAUGAACAAGGAGAUAAACAAUCCAGAUUACAGGUUCCUUUUUGACAAUAAAAGUCAAGAUCAUGUGUACUAUCGCUGGAAACUUUUCUCCAUCCUCCAGGGAGAGUCCCCGACAGAGUGGAGGACAGCAGAUUUUCGUAUGUUCCGUGGUGGAUCUAUAUGGAGACCCCCUGUCCUAAACAGCUACUCUCAUAGAGGUGAAGAUAAGGUAGACGUACAGGAGGAGGCUCCUCCUGAAGAGGAAGUGAAGAAAGGACAGCUAAGAGCUGAGCACAGACAGAGGCUGCAGACAUUGCUUACAGAGCUCUCUCCAAGCAGAGAAGACAUCGCCAAAGCCAUGCUGUUCUGUCUGGAGCGAGCAGAUGCAGCCGAGGAAGUUGUGAAACACAUCGCUGAGUCUUUGUCUUCUCUUCAAAUGCCACUUCAAAAAAAGAUUGCCAGAUUGUAUCUUGUGUCAGACGUCUUGCACAACUCCUGUGCCAAAGUUGCCGGUGCAUCAUAUUAUCGUAAAUAUUUUGAAUCAAAGCUUCCCCAGAUAUUUGGAGACCUUAAUGCAGCGCACAAAAACAUCCAAGCCAGGCUGCAGGCUGAGCAGUUCAAGCAAAGAGUCAUGAGUUGUUUCCGAGCAUGGGAAGACUGGGCCAUAUACCCCGACUCUUAUCUAAUCCACCUUCAAAACAUCUUUCUGGGCUUCUCCAAAGCAGAGGAGGACCCUACAGAGACAGCAGAGGAUGCAUCUUCGGAUCUUGAUGGUGCACCAAUGGACAGUGAAGCCAUCGCCUCAAACUCAGCUCUUGUGGAUGACCUGGAUGGCUGCCCAAUGGGCUGGGACUCUCUGGAUGGAGUCCCUGUUGAUGACAUAGAUGGUGUCCCUCUGGGAGUUGCCGCUGAUGACAUUGAUGGGAUGCCGUUAGAUGAGAGCAGUGUUUCUCUGUCCAAGUGGGAGAGGACGGGGGACACAGGGACUUUCUCUCAAGCCAAGAUGGAGUCUAAGUGGGACAUGAUUGUGGAGCAGGACAGUGAGGAGGAAGUGAAUGUGAGUGUGAACUCACAGGACGGUAAUAAAGACUCAGAGAGCGACAGCAGUGAUGACUCCAGCUGUUCACCCAAAUAUGACAGUGCAGACUUCCAGAGUUCCCUCAGAAGUUUUCAGAUGUCUGAGAGUAAAAGGAAAAGGCUGAGAGAGCUGGAGGUAAAAGUUAUGAAAAUCCAGGAUGAGCUGGAGUCCGGCAAGAGGCCGAGGAAGUCUGGAAUGAGCAUACAGCAACAAGUGGAGCACUACAGGAACAAACUGCUGCAGAGGGAGUUUGAAAAAGAUGAAGGAAAGAACGAGAGGCUGACAUCUAAAUCUAAAGACAGGUCGAAGGAAGACAGAAGGAACAAAGAAAGGAGCAAAAGAAGUGAAAAUGGGGACAGAAGACGAGAACGAAGCAGAGAUCACGAUGAUCAGGCCCGACAAUCGAGGAGCAUUUCUCCUUCAAAGACAAAGUCUCCAAAACAGUCCAAACGUUCCAGAUCCCCAUCUCCAGACAGGAAGGGGAGGAAGUCCAGGUCUCGGUCGCCACAUCGCUCCCGCAAGAAGACAAAGAAGAGCAAACAUUGACUCUCAGCUCUGGACUUUGUCCUCCAUGAGCCCACCCUCUUUAAACAGACAUGUCUGUUUCAUUGGUCCCCUCUCACACCAUCAAUGCACUCUUUUGUAUGAAGACAUUUCAACACUGUAACUAAGUAUAUAUAUUUUUGUUUUUAUGCUUGUUUUUAAAAUGAUCUGCAAAGUUCUGACACUAAAUAAAUCACUCUCGGUGAUGAUUGUGUGUGUGGAGAUGGCUGAUAGGGCCAGGUAUCGAAAUAUUUCACUGUUUCUCUGCUGAAUUGUAGGAUUUGAUUUGAAAGUUUAAAAAUGUGAUUUUACAAAUAA